AUGUCGGCCGGGCCGCGCUGCCCGGUGUGCGCCGAGCCCUGGGUCUCGCCGCGGCUGUUGCCCUGCCUGCACUCGCUCUGCGCGCCCUGCCUGCGGCGGCUCGGGCCGCUGGGGGAGCCGGGCCGGGCCGCCGCCCGCAGCGUCCUCUGCCCGGUGUGCGACGCCGAGGUGGCGCUGCCGCCCGGCGGCGUCGGCCACCUCACCCCCGACUACCUGGCGCCGAGCCGCGGCGGGGCGGCGGUGGCGGCGGCACCGGGGUGCGACCUCUGCGCCGACGGGGCGGCCGCCAGGCGGUGCCUGACCUGCGGGGCCGACCUCUGCCUCUUCUGCUGCCAGGCCCACAGGAGACAGAAGAAGACGGCCUCUCAUGCUGUGACGGAGCUGGAGAACACCAAGGAUUGCAGCCAGGCUGGGAAGCCUCUCUUCUGCCCUUCCCAUCCCACAGAGGAGCUAAGGCUGUUCUGUGAGCAGUGUGACCAGCCUGUGUGCCGGGAUUGCGUUGUAGACAGGCACCGGCAGCACCCCUAUGACUUCACUGGCAAUGUCAUCCACAGGCAUGGGGACGCCCUGCGGGAGCUGCUGAAAAGCACCCAGCAGCACAUGGGCACCGUAGAGGAUGUGCUGGGCCAGAUUAAUGACAUGGGCAGUGCCGUCCGCAGUCGUGCAGAGGCUGUGGCCACAGAGAUCUGUCUGUUUGCCAGUGGGUAUGUGAAAGCGAUUGAAGAGCACCGGGACCGGCUGCUGAAGCAGCUGGAGGACUUGAAGGUGCAGAAGGAAAACCUGCUGCACUUGCAGAAGGCCCAGCUGCAGCAGCUGCUGCUGGACAUGAGGACAGGCGUGGAGUUCACGGAGCACUUGCUGACGAGCGGCUCGGACCUGGAAAUCCUCAUCACCAAAGGGGUGGUGGCAAGCCGGCUGGCAAAGCUGAACAGCGUUGCUUACAACACCCACCCCAGCGUCGACGACAGGAUCCAGUUCUCUCCCCAGGAGAGGGCAGGGCAGUGUUGCGGCUAUGAAGUUUUUGGAGCCAUUCUCAAUAAAGUGGUUGAUCCAGCGAGAUGUACCCUGCACGGGGAAGAUCUCCACAGUGCCCGUCAGAACCAUCUGACUGGCUUUACCCUGCUCUGCAAUGACAAUGGGGAGCGGAUGGGGCGAGGAGGAGAGGCCGUGCGGGUCACCAUCACUCACAAGGACAAGACGGACUGUGCAGUCAAACCAACAGUGUGUGAUAAUGGUGAUGGGACCUACCAUAUUUCCUACAGCCUUGAGGAGCCAGGCUUGUAUGCUGUCUGCGUCUAUGUGAAAGGGCAACAUGUACAGGGCUCUCCAUUCACUCUGAUGGUGAAAAACAAGUUCCGCGAGCACCAAGGCGUGUUUCACUGCUGCACGUUCUGCUCAAGCGGAGGGCAGAAAGCUGCUCGCUGUGCCUGUGGGGGGACCAUGCCAGGUGGGUACCAAGGCUGUGGCCAUGGACACAAAGGUCACCCUGGCCGCCCCCACUGGUCGUGCUGUGGACAGGUGAAGGAGAGCUCAGAGUGUUUGGGUGGGCCACCCAGCGACACCUCACAGAGGAGUUUGCUCAGGACAGUGGCGCUCUGAGCAGCCAGGUGAGCCCCUGCGAACCCAGGGCACUGCUGCUGGCUGCUGCAUGAGC